GGUUGUGUUUAGUCUUACGUUAUCUUUUUACCUAUGCCAAAUAUAAACAAUAUUAAACUCGGAUUUUGAACUCGAACUUGAUUCUAUAAUUUUGUUUAAACACAUUAGUAAAAUUAGGAACCUUUUAGUAUUUAAAAUUUUAAAGUCUAGUUUGAAUUUUUAAAUUACCAUUAUGGCGUAUUCUACAAGUGUAAAUAUAAGUAUUGAAACACAAGCUGAAAAUAUAAUACAAGAAAUUUCAUAUGAUGGACAAGAAAUCUAUCAACCGUAAGUAUUCAUACUCACUCAGUUUUUGAAAAUGUUUAUUUUAUAAUACGAAAAUUAUUUUUAUAGAGCGUUAUCUAUGUCUGAUAACUUGUCAAAGCUUGCACAAAAAAUUGACUUUAGUAAAGUUGAUGAAGACUGUGAAGAGCCAGAAGUGGAAAUAAAAAGUGAAGAAGAAUCAAAAGAACAACCCCCUAAUGUCCCAAUAUCUGGUUGGAUUGAUUCAGUAGUUUCAAAAUUAAAGUAAUAUUAAAAAAUUGUUUUAAGUCAUUUGGUAUAUUAAUUAUUAUUAUCAUAGGAGAGCAGCAACAGAGAUCUGUGUAAUAUCAGAUGUAUUAGCUGUUACGAAAGAAAAACGAUAUAUGAUACUUGAUCCAAUUCCUACAGAAUCGAUUGAAACCAAACCAAUGGCUCAAAUUUAUCUUCGUAAAAAGGUUUAAUAUUUAUAAUUUGUAAUUUUAGUAUUGUUUCAAAUACUAUUUUAAAUUCUGAGUGGAGCAAAGAAGCUUAUGGUUUUAUAAAGAUGUUUAUUUUUUUUUCUGUAUACAACUUUUCUACCAGAGGACUUGCUUCGAUUUUUAUGUGUAGCGACUUUUCUGAAAGAAAGUCAGUGUGGGGUGGUACCUUGUAGAGGUAAUUGUUUGAUUUCUUCAAGUUUUCUCAUAAAAUACGAAAAAACCGAAAAAAAAAUGAGAAAGUUUACGAAAUAUAAUAAAUAUAACAUUAUGAUUUUUUUUUUCUGUAGACAACUUUUCUACCAACAAUUUUGUUCCAACUUUUAUUUAUAUUUCUGAAAGGAAAUUUCAAUGGGGAGAUACUUUAGAGAGGUCGUUUUUUCAUUUUCUCAGCAAAUAUGAAAACCUUGAGAAAAUCAGUACAACAUUAAUCAAAUAUUAUUAAAAAAAAUAUAUAGCGCCUAUUUAAUUAUCUUUCUAUAAUAUGGCAUAUAUAUUAUUGAGAAAUGAUCCCUAUCAACUGAACUCCGCUCAAAAUCGUUUUUUCGUAACCAAAGGUUUAUAUUGUUGCCUACAGGUGUAUAUUAAAUUACCUAUAACAGUGACUGCCCCCGUCCCCAUUAUCCUAGAACAUCUUUUUAUUAUAUUUUAUAUACUUGAAUUAUAAAAAUAUUCAAUAAAAUUAUACUUACAAUAUUUUAACUUUAAAAUUAGGCAUUAGCUAGUGCAUCAACUAUAAUAAUGUCAGCUGUAGACCGUUUAAGAAGUAGUCAGAAUGAAUUCAUGAGAAAUCGGACAACACCUGAUUUCCAUAUUGAAUUAUUGAGAUUGCGACAAAAUUGGAGACUGAAAAAGGUUUCUACAGCAAUUAUUGGUGAUUUAAGUUAUAAAACAGGUAAUAACUUAAUUUUUGAUUCAAAUGAAAUAAUAAUUUAAUUUAGAGUAAAAAUUGCAUAAUUUUGUUUUGUAUUAGCUAUCCAAUUUAUGUAAAAUAUAAAACCAACGACACUUAUAUCUCAGCCUCCGAUUUUGUUCCCACAAUAACAAGCUUCAAACUCCAACACCACCUUAACUUACUCGAAAACUGGUUCACACUAUGGAAAAUAAAAAUUAAUACAAACAAAUCUAGCCACAUUACUUUCUCCCUUCGCCCAAUCAAUUGUCCUCCAGUCAAAUUUUGCAACCAAUUAUUACCUCAAACCAACCAAGUUAAAUACUUAGGACUCAUUUUCGACAAACGAUUAACUUGGAAAGCACAUAUUUGACAAAAGAAAGAAACUAAACUCCAGAUUACAUCUCCUACGUCCUCUCUUACGAUCAAAUUUAAACUUUAAACUCAAAAUCCUUAUUUACAAAAUGUGGAUCUUUCUACAAUAAAUGUUGCUUGAAUCACAAAGAACUCUUAUAUAAUUUUGGAUCUAGUUAGUGUACUAGUGAAGUCAAUUGUAAUUUUCUUUGAAAUUUUCAUUAUAAAUAUUUUGUAAAAACAGACAAAUUUACAACAAGUUUCAUUAUUUUAAAUUAUGUUUUAAUUCAGUUAAAAAUAAGAUUUUCACUUAAUACUUUUACAAAGUGGUAUGUUUAACCAUUAAAAUUUAUUCUGUGAAAUAACCACAUUACACAUGUAUAUUUUUCAACACAUCAAAUUUUAAUUCAAAAAAUAUGAUAUAAGAAUAAUUUUUAAGGCAAUAGAAUUACGGGAUUUAAGUAUCCACAGUUAAUAAUUGUAUAACUGGUAUAUCUCAUAUGAAAGAAUAUUUUCUGUACGUUCAAUAAUCAAUCUGUAGAACAUAAUUUGAUACUGGUAUAAAAUGGUUUGUAUUAUAAGUAUUUUUUUUUAAAUAUAGCUGGUUCAAAAUUUGGACAAAGUGGAAUGUUUGAAGUGACAAAAGCAGAAGAUGAUAUUCAAUCAACAAGUGGAAUAUCUUCUAGUAGCCCAUCAACAUCUCCCAGUCAUAAUAUGUCUAUUUCAAAAGCACCUUCAGCCCUUAGAGUGACAGUACCCACAGAAUUACAAGGAGUAUCAUAUAUAAUGGUAUUAUGUCAAAAAGGUAAUUGAAUGGAGUUUAUAGUUUACUUUAUUAAUAGAUCAUGAAUAUUUUUACAUUAAGAAAUAAACAUGUAUUUUCAUUAUCUAUGCCAUAUUUAAUGUAUUUAUUUAUUUUCAUUUCCUAUUUUAGACCAAGAAAAUAUUUUCAACACCUCGUUUAAUCUAUUAGGAUCAGCUCCUGCUACGCCUAAUCCGGAUAUGCAUUGGCAACAGAAAUUAGAAGCUGCUCAGAAUGUUCUAUUUUGUAAAGAAUUGUUCAAUCAGUUAGCCAAAGAAGCAGUUCAAUUACAAGCAACUAUACCACAUAUGGUUGUUGGCAAUCAAAUUUCAGCUACAGUAUGUAUAUAGUAAUAAAGAAUAACUUAGUAACUUAGUAUAUCAUUUUCAUUUUCUUGCCUUACUAACCUAACUUAGUGUUAUAGGAGUAGAAACUUAAAUUUGAUAUUAUAUUUCUUUUGUAGGUAUUUCCUGGUAUACAGUUAAUUAUUGGUUUAUGCCAUAGUUCCACAAAUGGUAACCCUAAUACUAUACUACCAUCUAAAACAGAUCAUGAUCACGUAUUAGAACACUCACUACAUCAACUAUUAAGGGAAGUACAUCACAGAAAUACUCAUCAACCAUUUCCACAUCCUUCAUCUGGGCCUUUAGGUCCAAGUAAACGGCGUGCAGUUGCUGGACCAAAUGCUGCAGACCGUUUUGAAUUAUUAGAAAUGUCUAAAACGUAAAAAAAAAAAACAAAUCUUUAAUAAAAUAAUAUAAAAAAUGCUAACUGUUUAAAUUUAAAUUUUAGCCAUACUUUAUUAGAACAAAUUAUUGAACAAGCGCAACAUUUUUUUAUGAGAUUACGUACAGAAUAUGUUAUUGAUACACUUGCUAAAGAGGUAAAUUUUGUUCAGUAUUUAUACUAUAUAUCAAAAAUAAAUUAAUGUGUAAUGCUUAUAGGUCAAAGAUCCAAUCAUAAUUUCACAUUGGAAUUCAUUAAACUCCCCAACACAAGCCUGUGUUAAAGUUACUAUUGUUUCACAUGGAUUUGACUGUAUUUGUCGAAAUUCAUUGGUUGUACAUGUAAUGAAAAAAUCAUUAAAAUGUAUUUGCCGUGAUGGUAGAGUAAUGUAUCUAUCGUAUGAACCUCAAGAAUUAAGAGAUCUCAUUUUUUGUCAAGUAAGAAUAUAUUAUACUAUGUAUCAAAAAAAAUCAGUCAUUUUAUCUUUUAAAUAAUAUUUGGAAUCAUUUCUUAUUAUUAUUAAGACUAAUUUUUUUUUUCACUUUUUAUUACUUUUAUGUUUACAUAUUCUAUCUAUCUUUAUUUAAAUAUUUUAUCAUUGUUAAAUUUUUCUGCAUGAGUGCAUAAAUACUAUUAACCCAUUCUAAAUCAUUAAUAUAGCAUAAUGUACAAAUGUACUAUGUUUCACCUGAUAAACACAACACUUUUUUUUUCAAUCAUAAAGGAAGUCAGUAAUGUUAACACAAACAAUAUUGGCAGUUAUAAAUAAUUUGGAUUAUACUUAUUUGUGUUAUAAUUACUGUUAAUAUUAUUAAAAUUAUUCUAAUUUAUUUCAAUAAAAAUUGAAGAAUACACUAAAGCUGGAUUAUACUGUUGUAUUAGUUUAUCUAAUAAGUGUUAUAAUAAAAUUAUGCCACACACAAAGCUUGUCUUAUUUUGCUAUUGUUCAUUAAAUAAAGAUUGUAUUUUUCAGCUUUAUAUUUUUUUAAUCUUUAUUAUGUUUAAUGGAAAAUGUUUACUAAGUUACUAAUCAAUUUGUUUUACUUAUUUAUUGUCCCUCAUUUAAAAUGAAUAUUACUAUAUUAUGUCACUAUUAGGACUAUUAAUUAUGUAACAUUUGGAUAAAAAUAUUGAAAAUUACAACUGUUUAUAUUAUUAACAAUAUUUAGAACUCACAUUUCAAUGUAAGAUGUAUUUUUUCGAGAAGCUAUCUAAGACGAUACUUUUCAAUAACAGCCAAUUCAUAUAACAGAUAUUUCCAAUAUGAAACUUAUUUUGAAUUUUCUAUUUUUUUUAAUUUUUAAAAAUUAUUUUGGUAAUUUUAUUAGUUUUAAGAACAUAUUUAUAUUCUUAACAAAUUAAUAGUUUAAAUUAAGGUAAUUUAAAAUGUUGUCUUUAGAAAUUUUAUUUAUAUGCAAUUUUCUUUAAUAGUUUUUACUUAUUCUUCAUCAAUACAGAUUGUCAAUUAUUAUAUUUAUGAUUUCGAUAACAUUUUUUCUUUAUAUUUAUUAACUUCUGUUGUAUUAACCACAAUGGAAAUUUGUAUAUUUUAUUAUAUUAUAAUUUGUAUUUUUUUUUUUAAUGUGAGCCCCAAAUUUAAGUAAAAACCACGAGCCUCGACUUUGCCUCCUUCCUAUUAACAACUAGUGGUACCAGUUCAAACAAAUUUUUCACUGUUUUCUCAUUUUUAGAGUAGUCAUAAGCAUUUUUGGGUAAUUUUUGAAAGGUGUAAUUUUGCUAAAAUGCAUUCAAAUACAGGUCCUAAUAAUAAUAUAUUAUUUAUUAUGUAUUAUUUUUGUAUAGAUUUACCAACAUCAAAUAAUGGGAGUACAAUCUGUUGCUAAAACGCAAGGAUGGCAAUGCUUAGCUAGUUCUUCUCAUCUUGGUCUUGGUCCAGUUGAGCCUAUGGGAAAUGCUAGUUCAUGUCUCUUAGCAUCACCAAUAGGAGAUAGGUACUAUUUUAAAAAUAUUUUCAUAUUGGUAUUAUUUAAUACAAUUCUUAAUUGUAUAUUUUAAUUCAGGUUAAUAUCAGUAAAAUGUGAACCACAAGGAAACGUUAGUGUAAGUAUUGCACACUCACCAAAAAAAGAUUUCUUUGGAGGUCAGUUGGUUAAAGAAAGAAAAUGGGAAAAUUUAGGAGGUUCAUUUAAAAAAGUUCGGUGGGACAAAAUGGAAGGUAAAAAUUUCUUAAACAAAAUUGAACUUUUAAUGGCUAGUUUAACUAAUUCAACGUGAUUGUUCCAUAACUAAUUUUAUAAUAACCUGUUAAUAUUAAAACAAAUUUAUUAU